GUUUUUUAUGUAGUCGUAACGAUUGUGUCGUGUUGUGAAGUCGUGAAUAUGAAAUGGUUAUUGUCAUUUCGAAGUAAAAUCAAUCAAAUAUUAUGUGCUGUAACGCUAUGUCUCCCAGUAUUCAGCUAUGGAAACAGUUUGGGCUGGAUGUCGCCUAUGGCCCUGUUAUUGCAAUCAAAGGACUCACCAAGAGGAGAACCACUCACUGAUAUUGAGAUAUCCUGGAUGGCGUCUAUCCCAUAUCUGGUGUCCGUUCCUCUUUACUAUUUGUUAGCGUUCACAAGUGAUAAAUAUGGGAGAAAAAUCACAUUACUUUUCUCUGCUGUUGUUGGAUCUGGUAUCUGGAUCCUCAAGCUAUGCUCCACCAGCUUCUAUGCCUUCAUCAUCGCCCGAAGUUUGAUUGGUGUGAUGAUGGCGGUAUCCUUCGUCACCUGUCCCGUCUACAUCAAGGAGAUCAGUGAGAACAACGUCAGAGGAGUAUUGGGAUGCUUUCCUGCUCUUUUCUACACCAGUGGUAGUUUGUUUAGCUACGUCAUAGGAGACUUGCUGAGCUAUACUACAAUACUUUCAGUGUGUGUAACGAUAUCUCUUGUUGGAUUUCUGCUCUGUUUGUCUUUGCCAGAAUCUCCAUCGUACCUUGUGAAGACUGGAAGAAUUGAGGAAGCUCAAAAAGUAAUUCUUUGGUUAAGAAGACAAUCAGUAGUGGAUGAUACAAUACAACAAGAAAUUGAAUUGAUUAAGGCAGAACAGAAAAGUGACGAAAUAUCUAAUAAUGAAUCGCCAAUAAAGACAAUUUUGACCGAUCGCAUUCUCUUCAGAGCAUUUCAAAUAGCCAUGAUGGCGGCUCUAGCACGAGAGGUCUGUGGAGCUGUACCAGUUAUCAAUUUCGCUGGAAACAUCUUCCAAGAAGCAGCUUCGGGAACUAAACUGGUGUUGAAUCCCAAUCAACAGGCAAUGAUGCUUGGUUCUGUGCAAUGUUUGGGAUCGAUCCUUGCGUCUAGCCUUGUGGAGAAAUGUGGGAGAAGACCUCUCCUUUUCAUAACCUGCAUCAUAUCAGGGUUAAGCAUGUGCCUGCUGGCGUCCUGGUUCGUUCUCAAGGACCAUAACAUCGACGCACCAUCCUGGAUCCCAGUGACCACGUUAUGUAUUUGCAUCUUUUGCGAUUCAGCUGGAUUGCUGCCUCUCGGUACCGUUAUAACGGGUGAAAUCUUUUCUUUUAAGGUAUAUAAUAUAUAUAAAAUGGAAAUUCUUAAGAAAGCUAAUCUUAUCCAACAACCACUACUGUAUCGUGGGACAGUGCUAGCAACGUCCAUGGCCUUCGCAUCGCUCAUAGACUUCUUCCAAGUCUUAUUCUUCAAGCUUCUGGCCGGAGCAAUUGGUGUAAAGGUUCCCUUCUACAUAUUUGGUGCUAUGUGCUUACUGACCGCAUUGUAUGUGAUUGUUAGUGUACCGGAGACCAAAACUAGACCAUUGGAUGAAAUUUAUGACGAUUUGAGAACCAAAAAGGAGAAGAGGGAAUUAGCAGCGCAGAACGAAGAUAUAUCUAGAUUCUAA